UGAUUCACUUACAGACUAUAACGCGAGGUUUGCGCCGUCAGUCUUGGGUUACCAGCAAAUCCAGAAACCCUGGUUACCGUCAUAUCACCAUCUACUACGCCAUUUUCAUCUCUCAGCCAAUUCUCCGCUUCCGACAAUGCCGCCACCACCACGAAGGCCGGACAUGAAAGCGUCCGGCGCAGCUUCUAAGGAGGAGAACGUCUACAUUCCAUCCUUUAUUAGCAAGCGGCCUUUCUACGCCGGCGAAGAGACUGGUGACCAAACAGACUAUCUCGAACAUCAGCGGUUACAGAAGACCAAGGAAGACCAGUCGAAAUGGUACGAUCGGGGCAAGAAGACGGGGCCGGCUGCUACCAAGUAUCGCAAAGGCGCCUGCGAGAACUGCGGCGCCAUGACACACAAGACGAAGGACUGCCUGAGCCGGCCGCGGGCAAAAGGCGCACGGUGGACGGGCAAGGACAUCCAGGCGGACGAGGUCGUCCAGGACGUGCGGCUCGGGUGGGACGCCAAGCGCGAUCGAUGGAACGGCUACGAUCCCAAGGAAUACCAGGUCGUCGUGGAAGAGUACAACCAGAUGGAGGACCUGCGGAAGCAGAUGCUCGCCAAGGACGCCGCCGAGAAAGGCGAGGAGCUGGAGGAGGGUGACAAGUACGCUGAGGAAUCGGACAUGAGCCGACAUCAACCCACAUCCACACGGCAGCUUAGGAUACGAGAAGACACAGCAAAGUACCUCUUGAACCUAGAUCUCGAUUCCGCAAAAUACGACCCCAAGACAAGAACUAUUGUGGACGGCGGCGCAUCAGUAGACAAGGCGGCAGCCCUGUUUGCCGAGGAAGGCUUCCUGCGUGGCUCGGGCGACGCGGCCGAGUUUGAGAGCGCGCAGCGCUAUGCAUGGGAGGCACAGGAGAUGACUGGCAACACGAACCAGCAUCUACAGGCCAACCCGACGGCUGGCGAGUUCUACCGCAAGAAGGAGAAAGAGGAGACGGAGAGGAUGCGAGCGGAAAGAGAGAAGCUCCUUCGUGAGAAGUAUGGCGGUGACCAGGAUGCAAUGCCUGCUGCCCUGAAAGCCAUGGCCGUGACCGAGUCUGAGCAGUUCGUCGAGUAUGACGAAGCGGGUCUCAUCAAGGGCGCUCCAAAGGCGGCGGCCAGGUCAAAAUACGACGAAGAUGUCUUCAUCAACAACCACACCUCGGUCUGGGGUAGCUGGUGGACCGACUUCAAGUGGGGGUAUGCCUGCUGCCACUCCUUCAUCAAGAACAGUUACUGUACCGGAGAGGAAGGGAAGAAGGCAUGGAAAGAAGCCGAGCGACAGAGGACUGGUGUCGGCUUGAUCGAAGACAAGCCCUCUGGGGACGACGGCCAAGAGGCUGAUGGCGAGAAGCCCGACGACGCUGCUGCAGAAGCGUCUCCGCCCAAGGCCACCGCGCAGAAACGGACGAGGGAGGAGAUGAUGGGCGGAGUCUCAGAGGCAGAACUUGACGAAUACAGGAGGAAGAAGACUGCAGCCAACGAUCCAAUGGCGAAGUUUCUGGGUACCGACGAACUUGUACAUUAGUUAGACAGAAGAACGACAGCCACCCUGACAAUUGAGAUACCAGUUCAACAGCUGUAGCAGGACUGUAUGUAUAAUCGCAACACGUUGACUCUCUCGUUGUUCUAUGUCUAUGUCAACCUGGGUCUAAUUUGCAAG